AAAUGUGUCGUAUAUGCUCUGUUCCGUUAAAGCUUCUGAUUUUCUUAUAAAUAGGUAACCGUUACAUUAAGACACCUACUAAGCCACGUUGGUGGAGUAAGGCACUACAACAAAGGCGAAGUAGAGGAAAACUCAACAAAGCACUUUUCCUCCAUAAGUGAAUCACUAAAUUUGUUCAAACAUGAUGAACUGGUAAACGAUCCCGAGGACAAUGUAUAUUUCUACUCUACUCAUGGCUUCACCCUGAUCAGCGCGGUGCUUGAACAAGUUUCCGGGGAAAGUUAUGUGCGACUGAUGAAGGAUAUGUUCGAUUCUCUCGACAUGAGGCAAACUCAAAUGGAAACAAACGAUCGUAUUGUGUACGGUCGAUCCGGGUGUUACGACAGAAAAAAUGGGAAGUUGUACAACAGCCGCAACAUUGAUUUUUCGUUCAGAGGAGCGGGAGCAGGAUUUUUAUCCACCGUUGGGGAUCUUAUUAAGUUUGGAAAUGCUAUGUUGUACAGUUACCAAGCAUCGGAUACAAAUUUACCACGGGGAUUUUUGAAACGAGACACGGUUCGCACAUUGUGGACAAAUUGUUGUAGACCUCGUCGUACCGACAGAAGUUCGGAACCAAGGAAUUAUAAUUGUGGCAUGGGGUGGUUCGUCUAUACAGAGAAAGAGGAUCUAGGAACUUGUCCCAAGGUUAAUUUUUCAGUGGGGCAUUUUGGGUUCGUCUACGGUGCGUCUGGCAUUAUACUGCUUGUACCUGACCCAGGCACUUCCCAACAAAAGCCUUGUGAAGUGGACGAACCAGUGACAAAUGGGUUUGAUACGCCAGAGCAAAGCACUGUCGGGCCACCGAGCGGUUUAUGUGUAGCAAUACAAGCAAAUAUUUCCGAAGUGAAUUUCGGUCGACUGGCGAGAGAUAUAUCAAGGGAGUUUUUAAAAUGUAAUUCGCAGCAAUUUUCAAAAACCGAAUUAACGAAGUAAUAGGACCUUGCGACUGGCCGAGUUAUCUUUUCGCGUGUUUUUUCCACCUGCCUUGCAUUCUUAUGUACGAUUUUUACGUUAAGCUUCUUACAGCAGCCUUCUUUGUAUUGUACGAUUCUAAACAGAAGAUUCAUAUGGAUUUUUCCGGGUGUCUGGCGUGCAUAUAUACCGGUUGAUUAACAUGCGAGUAAUAUAUUGCACAUUAACAGCGUUAUAAUGGAUGAAAGUUCAACUCAGGUUCAAUAUUUUCUACCCACCAUCGUCUGCCCAAAAACAAAUCAUACUGCCAACAUAAUGCGAUACAAUAACCACGAACCUAUUUCAUCAACAACCAUAAACGUGGGACUUAAUCGUGUGUUGUUAUAUAGCCUGUGCCCUAUAGGGUAUACCAGCAAGUUAACACGUCAUUGUUUCAUCGUCGUUUCAUAUAUUACUCAUUGAGUUGCGUGUUGACAGCAUAGUACUGGAAUAUAUUUAUAUUUAUAUACGUUUCUGUACAGCGAAAGUACAAAUGCAGUCAGCAGUGUAUAGCUCUCUAUGUGUCCAACUAAAGAGAGAGAAGUAAUUCAAUUUACGACCUUCGCUGCCCGCUAUAUACACUAACAACUAUAUAAACAUGCAGGAGCUUUUCAACAUUAAAGAUUCAUGAAAAAACCA